AUGGGCUGCGGCAUGUCCAAAUCACCUUCUGAAUACCCUCCUCCGAUGCGCCAAACAAAACGUAACAAGCGCCGUUACGGCGGCGGUGGUACUUAUGGUGGAGGUCACGGUGCAUACGCAGCAGGAUAUGGAGGCAAUGGUGGUUUCUUCAGUGGAGGAGAUGGUGGAGGUGGUUUCUCCGGCGGAGAUGGUGGAGGCGGAAGCGGCGGUGGAGGGGAUGGAGGCGGCGGCGGGGGCGGUUGUUAG